ACACGGGAUGCGCCCAUGCCAUGGAGUUAUGCUUCCUGGUCGGACAGCUGGGGAGAGCCCUGGAGUGGCUCAUGGUCCCAGCCGGGCCAGAGGUCCUCGUGGGGUAGCUGGCCCGGAAGGGAGCCAUGGGCCUGGGACUCUAAGGCUUAUCCAGCGGAACCUCUGCAGAGGCCUGGCUCCUGGUGGGCGGGUGCUUGGCCAGAGCGCGAGAGCGGAGAUUGGAGCUGGAGCUCGAGCAAGGCAGCCCAAGCCCAAGCAGUGCCGAGGCCAGAGCAGGAGAGCAAUGGAGACCAGGCCUGGAACUCGAGCCAGGAGACGGCUCAACCAGUGUCUAUGCCCAGGCCAACCGACUUGGCCGAUGCAUCAGCCGUAACAGUUGCAGACGUGUCUCAGACUGCGGUGACACUGACGGAGCUGCAGGAGGAGAUCCGCAGCUGGUUGCUGGGCAUUGACUGCACCUUGCUGUCAUACUUCGACAUUAUCGAGGAGAACUAUGACACGGUGGACCAAAUCUGUCGCCUCUACUUGGUGGAGGAUGGCGGCCAGCGCCGCCUUGACCCCCUCUUCUUUGAGGACAACCAGGUGACGGAUGCUGAGCAUCAGCGCCUGUUCCGGCAGUGGUUUGCUGGCAAGGCCGGACAGGGGGCCCACCUGCCAGACCCAAAUCCCUGCCAAGAGCCUGAAGCCGCUGGGCCUGCGGAGGCACCCGCCCUGACGGGGACUGCAGGCCUUGAUUCGCGCGGGGAUGACCCGUGGUUCGCUGGCAAGGACCCUUGGGCCAAGCCAGGUGUGGCUCCGUUGAACGGAGGCGAAGGCCCCAAAGAUGGACCACGCACGGAGCCGAGCUCACCGCCGCUGCCGAAAGAGGAACCAUUGCCUGGUGCCGGUCAAGAUCCGUCACACCCUGCUGUCACCAAUGGCGCCGGGAAUGGCUCCCCGGCGCCGGUCACAACUGGACCGCACGUCUCAAGCGAGGCCUGGCGCAGCUGGUGGUCCUCCCCAGACGGGGGAUGGUCAAGCUCCUGGUCGAGCUGGGAUGGGUCCUGGAGAUGAGCGCGUCUCAUUGUCCAGCGAGUCGCA